AGCACUUCCUGUGCGUCAGUAACUCCGCGGCGUCGGUAACCGGAAUCAGCAUGUUGUUCAUCAGCAACAGGUUUAAGUUGUGUUCGCUGGCGUUCACCGCCGCGCGCAUGUACGCCACCGGAGCUCAAGCCAACAGCAACCCGGUGGUGUUCUUCGACAUCGCGGCGGACAACGAGCCGCUCGGUAGAGUCACCUUCGAACUGAAUGCGGAUGUUGUGCCCAAAACAGCAGAGAACUUCCGAGCUCUGUGCACCGGCGAGCAUGGGUUCGGAUACAAGGGCUCCAUCUUCCACAGAGUGAUCCCACAGUUCAUGUGUCAGGGAGGAGAUUUCACAAAUCACAACGGAACCGGAGGAAAGUCCAUCUAUGGUCCGAGAUUUCCAGACGAGAGCUUCAGACUGAAACACACCGGCCCAGGUAUCCUGUCCAUGGCUAACGCCGGCCCCAACACCAACGGAUCCCAGUUCUUCAUAUGCACCGUCAAAACAGAGUGGCUGGAUGGGCGGCACGUGGUGUUCGGCAGCGUUAAAGACGGGAUGGAUGUGGUGAGGAAGGUGGAGGAGCUCGGCUCUCGCUCGGGAAGAGCCGCCAAGAGAAUCAGCGUCACCGACUGCGGAGAGCUCCAGUAGAGUCAGCAGUCGUUUCUACUGUCCUGCUGCUGAUUCACAGACUACUCCAUGUUCAGAUGAGCCUCAAGCUCCAUAAUGUGAAACUCGGACACUUUCGGGUUAAAGGAAUAGCCUUCAUUUACUCGCUCUCGUGUCUGCAAAGCUGUGCGAUGUUAAAAAUUCCCAUGCAACACAAAAGGUGCAAGAUGUUCUUUUCCAUAUAGCAACAAUUCACAGUGACCCAAAAGGCCAAAAAACAGCAUAAAAGCUAUUAUAUUAUCGUUUUCAAAAGUCAUGCAAUUUUAAAGCUGCGGUCACUAUUAAAUGUUUUUGUGCAGAAAAACUGAUUUUGUAUUCCAAGGAAAAAUAACACAAUCUAUGGGUUUGAAAUGACAAGAGGAUGCGUAAAAAUUGUCAUAACGAUAGUUUUUACAUGCAAUAGUCCUUUACAGUAACAUCCACUGUGAAUAAAUGUCAUUUUUAACAUCAUUCUCAGGUAAUAAUAGUGUUUAAUCUAGAUUGAGACCUCUGGUUCUCAUGCAUGAAUUAUGAGUUUGAUCAAUAAAGCCGGGAGCAUGAUGUU